CCCUCCGGGUUUGCGCUCCCUGUGCUGCACAUCGCGCCCUCCUGGGGGCCAGCCUGCUGGAGAAAUCCAGGAAUCUGCAACAAAAACGAUGACAGCCUGUGCCGACCUCCAAAUUCUCGCCUGUCACUUCAGACCCUGACUAGUUGACAGAACAGCAGAAUUUCAACUCCAAUAGACUUGAAUGCGCUUCUGGGCAAAGAAGCAGAGCUAACGAGGGAAGGGAUUUAAAGAGUUUCUCUUGGGUAUUUGUCAAACUUUGAUUUCCUGGCUGUGUGCAAAGCGGGCAUUCAACUUCCAUCUUCAACCAGGGCUCUCUGCUCCAGUCAGCUACCUGAAGAUCUAGGAAGUAUGAAGACUGCGCUUUUUCUCCUAUACUUCUUGGGAAGUGCAGCUGCCAUCCCGACAAGUGCAAGGUUUUUAUCUGAUCAUUCCCAACCAACUGCUGAAAUAUUGGUAACACCUGAAAAUACAGAAAUCCCCUUUUUAGAGGUUGAAGAUGAAGAAAAUGAAAAGGAAACAGUGGUAUCCAUAGAAGACCAACCCAACUAUAAGGAUGAAAAGUCUUCUACAUUAAAAAGCCAUGAACAGGCAGCAGAACAGGACAAGAGCUACAGCCAAGAGUUGGGACUGAAGAAUCCAGAGCACAGCCCUAGUGACUUAGGUGUGAAUUUGGAGUCUACCCCAACUGAAGGCACACUAGACUCAAAAGAAGACACGAGUGAACCGCAGAAGAAGAUUCUCCCAGAGAACACUGAUUUCCCUGUUUCUUCUGUUAGUCCCUCUGAGAAUUCUAACCAACAAGAAACCAUCACAAAGGGAGAGGAAAACCAAGAACUACCUAUAAAUGAGUCCGGUCAUCAGCUGAACAGGAGCAGUACACACACCCCAGAACUAGGUGAUCAAGGAAGCCAAGAAGAUGAUCCAAAUAUUCCCAAUGGAGAAGAGGAAAAAGAACCAGGAGAAGUCGGUCGUCCAAAUGAUAACCAAGAAGAGGACACAGAACUUCCCAUGGAGCAUUCUAACAGCAAGCAGGAGGAAGACAAUGCCCAAUCUGAUGAUAUUUUGGAAGAGUCCAGUCAACCAACUCAAGUAAGCAAGAUGCAGAAGGAUGCAUUUGAGCAGGGAAACCAAGAACAUGAAGAUAUCACCUCCAAUGCAGAAAGGGAAGAGAAAAAUGCAUCAAACAUCAAUAAGCACAUCCAAGAUACUACAUGGCUGAAUCAAGAAGGAAAAACUGGUCUUGAAGCUGGCAGAAAGACUGUUUCUGAGGCUUUGCACAUGGAACCUAUGGAUGAUACUAACAUCAUGCCCAGAAAUCAUGGGGCUGAUGAGGAUGAGGAUAGCAAUCAUCCCAAGCAUGGUGCAAGAGAUGACUACUUUAUCCCAAGCCAGGCCUUUUUGGAGAGUGAAAGAGCUCAAUCCAAUUACUAUCACAUCAAAUAUGAUGAAGAAAGAGAAAGAGCACAUGAGAAUGAGAGUGUAGAUACCAGCGAACCUGGAGACUAUCAAGGGGCUAAGAAGGCAGAAAGCUCAGCAAAUGAAGAUGAAACUUCAAGCGAAGGCAAUGUGAGAGUCCACAGUGUUGAUUCAUGUGUGAACUUCCAGUGUAAACGAGGGCAUAUCUGUAAGGCUGACCACCAGGGAAAACCCCACUGUGUCUGUCAAGAUCCAAUGACCUGUCCUCCAGCAAAACUCCUUGACCAAGUUUGUGGCACUGACAAUCAGACCUACACUAGCUCCUGUUACCUGUUUGCCACGAAAUGCAAACUGGAGGGAACCAAAAAGGGACACCAGCUGCAGCUGGAUUAUUUUGGAGCCUGCAAAUCUAUUCCUGCUUGCACUGACUUUGAAGUGACUCAGUUUCCUCUACGGAUGCGAGACUGGCUCAAGAAUAUCCUCAUGCAGCUGUAUGAACCUAACCCUGAACACCCUGGAUAUCUCAACGAGAAGCAGAGAAACAAAGUCAAGAAAAUUUACCUGGAUGAAAAGAGACUCUUGGCUGGGGACCAUCCUAUCGACCUUCUUUUAAGGGACUUCAAGAAAAACUACCACAUGUAUGUGUAUCCUGUGCACUGGCAGUUUAGUGAACUUGACCAGCAUCCCAUGGACAGAGUCUUGACACAUUCUGAGCUUGCUCCUCUGAGAGCAUCUCUGGUGCCCAUGGAACACUGCAUAACCCGCUUCUUUGAGGAGUGUGACCCCAACAAGGAUAAGCACAUCACCCUGAAGGAGUGGGGCCACUGCUUUGGAAUUAAAGAAGAAGACAUAGAUGAAAAUCUCCUGUUUUGAAAUAAGAUUUGAAGGAACUCAAACUUUCCAGCAUCUUCCUCUGUUCUAACUAGUUCUUCAAUAUAUGUAGCUGUGAGACUUGUGGGUAUAUAGUUAGCAAAAUGUUUGCAUGUAUGAAAAGACAAUGAGAGUAAUUCUUGAUAACAAUAUAUGCACUUGACAUUUAACAUUAACUUUGGAAAUAAAACUAAGUCAAUAUAUGCAAAGUACUACAUACUGCUUAUGAACAGAAGUUUAGAGUAAUUUCACUCUCUGCUCAACUUACAAUUACUAAUUAUAAAACUUGCAAAAAUAAUGUGUUCAUGUUGUCCAUAAUAUCAUGUGCACAUCAAGAAAAUGAAAUAUUGUUCUUUUGUGGUUAACAUGUAUUAUUCUCAAUAUCUUAAUAUCCUAAUAAAGAUUCCAUAAAAUCCAAA